AUGUUUUCAUCUUGUUUCCGUCGACUAAUUUCUUACAACCAGGGUCGAGCCGUCACCAUAGGGAACUUUAUAAGGACCAUGUCAUCGGGCAAACUUGGCCCGGAUGACAUUGGAAUCAAGAAACUUGGCGUCAUGAAAGAUCCGAAGGAAGUCUCCGAGGAUGAAUGGAAAAAGGUACUACCCGCCGAAAGUUUCGAGGUCGCAAGGAACUCAGGUACGGAACCUGCUUUUUCUGGAGCGUAUGACAAGUUCUUCGAGAAGGGUCGGUACGUCUGUGUUUGUUGUGGCGCCGAAUUGUUCAAUUCUGACUCAAAGUACUGGGCUGGGUGCGGCUGGCCAGCAUUUUCAAAGUCCGUGGGUCAGGACAUGAAUAUUGUGCGAAUCGAAGAUAAUUCGCAUGGGAUGAAACGAACCGAAGUUCGAUGCAAAAAGUGCAACGCUCACCUUGGUCACGUGUUUGAUGAUGGACCCAAGGAAACUGGGGAAAGAUACUGUAUCAACAGUGUAUGUAUGGCUUUUGAGAAGACCGACUAA